UAUGUCAAGCGAUAUCAUUUAAGAUUUUUUUUUUUUGACCUUGCCGGUUAAAUAAUAUCUGUUGGAAACCCUAAACCCUUCGGUGUUUUCUGUUCGGGGACGAAGGAAAGGAGACGACAUCUGCGAGGAGUGUUAGCGUGGAGGACAAAGGCUAUCAUGGUGAACGUACCAAAGACUAAGAAAACUUUCUGCAAGAAUAAGGCUUGCAGAAAGCACACCUUACACAAGGUAACUCAGUACAAGAAGGGAAAGGAUAGUCUUGCUGCCCAAGGAAAGAGGCGUUAUGACAGGAAACAAUCAGGAUAUGGAGGUCAAACUAAGCCUGUUUUCCACAAAAAGGCUAAGACAACGAAGAAGAUUGUGCUGAGGCUGCAGUGUCAAUCAUGCAAACAUGUUUCCCAACAUCCGAUCAAGCGCUGCAAACAUUUUGAGAUUGGUGGAGACAAGAAAGGAAAAGGCACUUCUCUCUUUUAGGUGCAUUCAGCCGCUAGUUAAUAUUGAAAUGAUUUGAUCAGCCUAGCUAAUAUAUUCAAGCGUCAUGUAUAAUGCAAUUUAUCAAUCGUCAUGAUCAUUAUUUUACUUUUCAUUCUUAAAGUAGUUAAACUUCUUAUAAAUUCUGGUUGCUUGCUUUUGCUGACAAUGCUUUGCAGCAUAGUUAGAAAUAACUUAUGAGCAUUUAUAAUGAAGAAACCUUGGAUUGUUCUUUCCUUGGCUGAUUCUGAACCGUGAGGUUUGAAACAAAACAGAAUGUAUGAGAUUCUAUUUGGUUAAAUUAUUUGUUCUUGUGUC